GUGCCACACGUAGAGGAUCAGUGUGGUCGUGGCCAUGGUUUAUGCAAUCUCGUCACCGUUCUCAACUCUCUCGUUUCGCCGUCUCGUUGUGCGCAAUGCCACGCUGUCUUCGUGCAAGCCGCACGUUGCAAAGCCUGCAACGGCAUUACCCGCCAACGGACGGAGGCAGUUGCUGUUCUUUCUAACGGCGUCGACGGCGUUGACGGCAAGGGAAGCGGCAUCGGUGGCACAGGAUAUUCCCUUAUUUGGGAUACGGAAGAGUUUGAAGAAAGUAGAGGAGGAAGCAGAGGAGAUUGUGCGAGAGGGGUUUAAAGCCGCGGACAAGGGGCUGGAAACGGCAGAGCGGGGACUGGAGACAGCGGAGAAGGAGCUGGUGUCGGCGGAGAAGGGAAUAGAGGCGGCGGAGAGGAAUAUAUCGUCUGCGGUGAGUUUUGGGGGUUUGGCGCAGGCGGGUGCGGUGGCGGGAGCAGAGUUUUUGGGCGUUUUAGUUGCAUUGGCAGUGGUGAACGAUAUUUUGGGCCCAGAAGCCCAAAAGUCGUGAGUCAUCUUCAUCAGUCAGUGACACAGAAUUCAA